UUUUUGGUCCUUCUCCGAGUGCCGAGUGCCUUAAUUUGUUCAACCAGCCGAUUCAACUCCUGUUCGCUUGAAUUCGCAUAUUUCUUAGGUGGAGGCCUGGCAAAAACUUAAGCUCGAAAUUUGGUUGUUCACAGAAAAAAUCUUCCCCAUCUCCGGAAGAAUUAUUAGACUUUUCCAUAUUUUAGGAGAAGAAAAAUAAGAAUUAUCUUUUACAAAGUGUCAAAAUCGAUAACAACAUUGCCGAAAGUACAAAUAAACAAACUGACGUGAACGUGCAACCCACGGACAAAUGGGUCGAGCGUAUUAGCCAAUCAGAACGCGCGCCUCGCUAAGGCUAUGUUAUAACAUGUAAAUAAAGUGACUUUACUAAGUAAGCAGAAUUAGGUACAUCCGGAGCGGAAAAAGAAACCGAAUGGCGAUGUCGGACAAUGUAAAUUUAACUAUGAAUGGAGCACAGCCAUCUAACUGCUUCAAUCCAAUAGCAGAAAAAAUUGGAAUGACCUUUGCUUACUGCCUGAUUUUCAUUGUUUCUUUGGCUGGGAACGCCACCAUCGGAAUAAUUGUCUACAAGACGCAAACCAUGAGAAAACCUAUCAACUUUUUCAUUGUAAACAUGGCCAUGUCCGAUCUGCUGGUUCCGAUGAUUUGGAUCCCUACGGGAAUACAAAAGCUCUAUAUAGACUCCUGGCUGAUCGGUGGUCCUCUUGGCCAGGCCUUAUGCAAGCUGGUUUCCUUCUUCAAAGAUGUUUCCGUUCUUGUGUCUAUUCAGAGCCUGGUUCUGAUAGCAGUGGAUCGAUUUGGUGCUGUGGUAUAUCCUCUCCGUUCUCCACUCAUCAGUUCAAAGACGUGCCCGUUAUUCAUUAUCGCAUCUUGGAUCGUCGCGAUAGCUGUUAACUCCCCAAAGCUCUUAGUUUACAAACUUGUUAAAUAUCCAGAAAAACUGGUUUGUAAGCGGCGUUGGAAUGAAGUGUUUGGAGAGUCCUCAUCUCAUGAGAAUUACCUCUUGUCUUUUACAGUUGUAUUCAUGUUUAUCCCGUUGGUGUUGAUAGCCAUACUUUACAUUAUCAUCUAUCUAAAGCUCAAGUCACAGAAGAUCCCAGGCGAGCAAUCAGCCAACGCUGGACAACAACGCCAACAAAGGGAGCGAAACGUGUUAAAGAUGGCCAUUGCUAUAGUGUUAGGGUUUGCAAUGUGCUGGCUUCCUCUCGCUAUUUGGAUUAUUCUCGUCUCGUUUACGGACACCAUCAUAUGGUCGAAUUGUGCCUUCCGAUAUUUUUUUUUAUAUUGUCAAUUUCAUGGCUCUGGUAAAUUGUGCCAUAAAUCCUUGUAUCUGUUUUAUUUUCAGCGGAAAUUAUCGUAAAGAGCUUAAGGCUCUCGUUAAAUAAAUUAUUUUGACUUCCGCCGUAGCUGAUGAUGCUUAUGUACAGUGGUGAUUUUCAUUCGACCUAAAACUCGUAACAACCUAAAUUCAAAACUGCUUUUUAUUUGACUAAAUGUAAACUAUGGCUGAAAGAAACUUUGUAGAACGGCUUUAAACCUUUCUUUGGACACUGACUUUGCCAUCCUUUUGUAGUUAUUCUGCACGCUCGAUUUGUAAUUUCUUAACUUCAUGGGACAUUUUCAGCCGUCUUAAGCCGCGCAAAUAAUAUUUAUUUCAAUACCGCUUUUUGUGUGGCUCAAUAUGCGGCUGAUAAACCUCCAUAUUCAAGAAAACCCCCGGUGUUUUAUUCUCUGCUGAGCUCAUUAUAUAUUUGUUUGCCACCUGUUUCUGAAGCCACCUGUUUUUUGAUCGCUCAUUGUUUUUGCUUCAUUAGUAGGACUCAGUCGGGAGAUAUUUCCUAACAGGAGUUGAGGUCCAUAAGGUCCGAGAGGCGCAAAACCGCAUAUAACCGGAGGGUCGCUGAGAAUAAACUAAAUGUCCCAUUGCCGCGCGCAAACUACAUUACAAUCGAAGGAAACUUAUAAAGAAGUCGUGGAUACAUUGCUUACAAAAUGAAGAGGACUCCUUUGAUCAGCUACUAUAUGCUUGACCGGGUUUUCAAAAUAACACGGUCAUGAAAAAAGUCAAAAUAAUUCUGCCCUUGAAGCACAAUAUAUUCAGGAUUUUGUUUAUUACAAUUUAAACGUUUAUCCCACUCCUAACACCUCUGUGGUCUUUACAAAUUUCCCGGAACACCUUGACCUGCGGGAUGUUUGCGUUACCGUAGAUAGAUUUGUUUAUAUCCAGCUUUGUAACUGCGUUUCUUAUUGUUUGUCACAAGAAAGUUAUGGUUGGAUACUAUGGACUUAUAAGUUGUCCUACUUAUGUUUCCAAUUGUUUUGUUUUGGUUUGUUUUGUUAUGAUUGAUUCAUAAUUUUGCUGAUAUAGUGCUAGCCCGAGAGUGCUAGGAGGUUCUUUCAUAGUUUUACUCAUAAUAUUCACUCACAAAUUAAGGCUCGCUAUCUGGCCAGCUGGAAGUUAUAAACUCCCUUUGAGCUUAGAGGAUUCACGAGCUAGUGUCUCAGGAAGUUCAAAAAGACUCUUCGCAGUCAAUAUCCACACACAUUGCAUCUCUUCUCGUGGAUAAAUUAGCAAUGAAUGUCUAAAAUGCUAUACUUCCCGUCUGAUAAAACUGCACCUUGAGUCAACUAUAGGGAGUUCCCUCAGCUUGAUGCAAAACAAAAUAAAAAGGGUAUUGCAGAUUGUAAUGUGGACAGUAAAAAUAACAAUGGUUUUCUUUCUUGGAAACGGAAAUCACAGUAUUUUAUCCCUAUCUUGGCAAUUGUUUUUGUUCAUUUCACUAGCAAUGCAGAAAUAUUCAAAACGAUUGUUGACAGGUACAAUUGAUAUUUAUUUCAAGUCUUGAUUCCAAUUGUUUACAUAUCUCGUUUCUAGAAGAAAAAUGAACUCAUACGUACAUCACCAGCCACUAUGCCUGCUUGACAUGGCUUGUGUUUGGCAUGAUUGGAGAGUAAAUCUCUCUCGCAAAAAGUAGAUCUACGCAGAC